UACAACUGAAAGUUCAGAAAAGUGCGCUGCUCUGCUGUCAGCUAAGAGCUUUCAAACCACAACACUCACAUAUUUCACUUUAAAUUAAACAAACUUCGACAGAAGCAUGAAAGAGGACAAAGAAAACACUUGUCCCAGAGAAAAGAGAGUGGAAAUUAAAUGUGAAGACAAUGAAAAAUCGGAGAGACCAAAUAAAGAGAAGAAGGAGGCCAUGACAAAGAUUGUCAUCCGACGGCUCCCUCCAAGUCUGACUAAAGAAGAGUUGGAAGAGCAGUUACAACCUCUACCAGAUGUGGAUUAUCUUGAGUUUUUCUCUAGUGACACCAGCCUCUAUCCUCACCUCUUUGCAAGAGCAUAUCUUAAUUUCAAGAACCAGGAUGACAUUGUACUAUUCAGAGACCGUUUUGAUGGAUAUGUCUUCAUUGAUAAUCGAGGACAAGAGUAUCCUGCAGUUGUUGAGUUUGCACCUUUCCAAAAGAUUGCUAAGAAGAAAAGUAAGAAAAAGGAUGCCAAAAUUGGAACAAUUGAUGAAGAUGCUGAUUAUAAAAGAUUUUUGGAGCUUUACAAUGGUGACGACGAGAAAUUGUCUUCUACGCCUGAGACAUUGUUAGAAGAAAUAGAGGCUAAAUCAAAGGAACUGUUUGCCAAGAAAACAACUCCUCUCUUGGAUUUCCUUAAAAACAAACAGAGAAUAAGAGAGGAAAAGAAAGAGGAAAGAAGAAGGAGAGAGCUGGAGCGCAAACGCCUGCGCGAUGAAGAACGGCGUAAGUGGAGAGAAGAGGACAGAAGAAAACGCAAAGAAGCCGAGAAGUUAAAAAAAGCUGAAAAGGCACCUGACAAAGACAGGGACCAACCUAAAGAGGAUCAGCCAAAAAUUAAGCUCUUGAAGAAGCCAGAAAAAACAGAGAAUUGUGAUACUGAAAAGCCAAAAGAAAAGCCUAAAAAACAAGACCGAGACAAACUAAAGGAUGAUAGAGUUUCAGCAGGAGAUACAAGGAAACGUCAAAAUGGAGAACACAAAGAGGAUAAGACAAAAAGAUUCGAAGAGGAUGGACAGAAGGACCACAGGGAGCGGGAUGCCGACAGAGAGAGAGACCGCGAACGUGAAAGAGAGCGGGAAAGACGUCAGAAAGAGAAGGAGCGCCUCAGGAGGCAGGAUGAAGAGCGCCGGAGGAGGAGGGAGCGACAAGAUGGGGAAAACACAUACAAAAGAAGAGAAGAUGAGGGGAAAAGAGAAAAGGAAUAUGUUUGGGAAAAGAAAAAGAAUGAGAAUACAGCUGUGUCUUCUGGCCACGCUCAGGCUGACAGAUUUGAAAAGCCCUCUAAGGAUGGUAAAAAGGAAGAUAGUGUGAGAAAGGAUCGUUUGAGAAACAAGGAUCGCCCUGCCAUUCAGCUGUACCAGCCAGGAGCAAGAAACCGCAACAGAGGAGCAGGAGCAAGGGAUAGUCAGGAAGGGGAGAAAAAAGCUGAGAAAGAUGUCAAAAAUACACAGGAGAAAGGGGAGGAGUGAAGAAAGACCACCGUGUUAGAACAACACAGUGAUGGAGAAGGAAUUCUGCCCAAAUUUAGGCAAAUUUGCACCUCUUACGAGUGCUGCCAAAGCUGGAGGUUCCUGUUCCUCUCAGGCUCUUUCUCAGAGAUGCAGAAGCAAAAUUCUUGUCACCUUACAGUGCCUAAAAAAGUCCCUUUAAUUUCUGUUAGUUAGAAAUGCAAGGGAAUGCUUACAGUGGGAGCUUUGCAUGAAAGUGGACCCUGAGCACUCAAAGUGGCCUUACUCCUGGUACACAGCCAAAAAUAGAAAAAAUAGAAUUCACAGCGGGUUACUGAUCAGUUUACCACAUCUUGUUUGUUAUAGCCCAGAUUUAGUUCGGGUACUUUAAAGACCAUUUUCUUUACUUUAUAACAGGGCCUUUAUUAUUGCACAAAGCAUUAGAGGUGGUAUGAUGCCAUUCUUCAUUUUACACCUUUGUUUAAAAAUCUUUUGAAAUUUAGUAAAUGGCCUUCCCUACUUUGCCAAUAAAGUUUUUCCCACAACAGAAUCAA